AGUAGCCCAGGGCAGACACUGACAGGGGUAGUGUCUCCAGCGCCGGGAAGGGCGUGCAGGGCCGGCUUGGCGUCGCCACCGUCCGGGUCGCUGGGCCCCUGCACCGGGGGCUUCUCCCCCUCCUGCGCACCCCCUUUUCUGCCUCCCGUAGCCUGCUGCGGGAAUUAUUUCUGGGUCUUCUUUCAAAGCCAGGUCUGCGUCUCCGGGCACACAGUCUGCACGGGACCGGGAAUCCGAGGCAUUGCAGCGGCCCGGCUGUUUAUGGAGCCCUGGGCGGGGGCUGAGCCCGCGGUCGUGCCCCCCGCCCGCCGCCCCGGCCAUGCCGCCCCGUGGGCGCGCGGACCCGCGGCGGGGCCUCCGGGGCUGAGCCGGGAGCCGCGCGAGGAGGAGGCGCGGGCGGCGCCGCCGGAGCGGGAGCCGCGGCGGAGGGCAGCGCGGCGGACCGAGUACUAUGGCCGUGUUCUGCUGUGCGCUCAGUAGCCUGGUGAUCAUGAACCGCGAGGCCAAGAGCGGCGGCGGCCCCGGGCCCAGCGGCAGCGAGACGCCCCCGCCCCCGGGGAGCCCCGGCAGCGUUUUCAGCCCCGGGAGAGGCGUCUCCUUCCUCUUCCCCCCAGCCGAGUCGCUGUCCCCCGAGGAGCCCCAGAGCCCCGGGGGCUGGCGGAGCAGCCGGCGCAGGCUGAACAGCAGCAGCGGCAGCGGCGGCAGCAGCGGCGGCAGCAGCAGCGGGGGCAGCCCGAGCUGGGCUGGCCGCCUGCGAGGGGACAGGCAGCAGGUGGUGGCCGCAGGCGCCCUCUCCCCGCCGGGCCCGGAGGAGGCCCAGAGGAAGCUGCGGAUCCUGCAGCGAGAGUUGCAGAACGUGCAGGUGAACCAGAAAGUGGGCAUGUUCGAGGCGCACAUCCAGGCGCAGAGCUCCGCCGGUCAGGCGCCCCGCAGCCCGCGCUUGGGGAGGGCCCGCUCGCCCUCCCAGUGUCCCUUCCGCAGCAGCAGCCAGCCCCCUGGAAAGGUCCUGGCUCAGUGCGCCCGGAGCGAGGAACGGAGGACAAAGUCCUGGGGGGAGCAAUGUCCGGAGACGUCAAAGGCCGACUCUGGGAGGAGAGAAGGGCCCAGCCCGAGCCCCUCGCAGGACACGGAGGGAGUGGCCCGUCUCCCAGGCCGGGCUGACCCGGCAGGAUCAGGGACGCAGAGUCCAGCCGCUUUGGUGAGGACGGAGAAGGUUGUUCCUGCCAGCCCUCCCUGGGGCUCGCCCCCAGCUAUGGAAAUUGACGAAAGGGUGUCUCUUUCGGGAACUCAGAGCUGCCCGGCUCCCUCAUUGGGGCCUGUCGCAGCUAGCAUAGUGGUGGACACAGAAGUGGCAGCGGGAGCCACAUCCUCUGGGCCACACGGUCCACAGGAUCCCGCCCUCGCUGAGCGGUCGGCGAGGGCCCGCGAGCCUGAGGAUCCGCACCCCUGGGAGGCCCCGGUGGUGAGGCCGGGGCAGUUUCUGGACAGUGAGCCGAGCCCAGCCCCAGGCAGGGGCGGGCCCCGUGGCUGCGAGCCCCCUGCGCCGGUGGGGAAAGGAACUCUGCCCUGCGCUGUGCCGGCCUCCAGGGCGCCUGAAGCGGGUGCAAAGCCAGAGGACACGACGCCGAGUGUGCAGAGCUCGGAGCCCCUUGAUACCCCGAGCUGGUCCAGAGACUUGCGCGCAGUGGGCCCCGGGGAGGCCCGAAGUGGGGCCCUGGUGGGCGGAAGCCCCCGGCAGCCCUCGGACCGAGCGGAGGAAGGGUCUCCAACGCUGGGCUUGCUCGGGGGCAGCCGAUCAGCGCAGCUGGGGACUAGAGAGGUGGCGGCGGGAGUUCCUCCUGGCAGGAUGCUGGAGCCUUUGCCUUGUCGGGAAGCGGUGAAAGUUCUGAAAGAACCUCAGGACCUUCCUGGAGACAGGACGGGUGCGCAGCCUGGGGGCGCCCGGGCCUGGCAGGGCCCCGCGGAGGAAGCCGGUUUGGCCUGGACGCGUGGCACGGGGGUACAGUCGGAGGGGACUUGGGAAAGCCAGCGGCAGGACACAGACACCCGCCCCAGUCGGGAGCUGCUGCCCCCAGAUGAGAAGGACAGGCCUGUGCUGAGAGAGGCCUGCAGCCCCGGCACCAUCCCCGCCGUGGUCAUCACAGAGGUGGGCGCGCAGGAGCACGGCGGCCUGGGGGAGGUGCAGGGAAGCCCCCUGGGCAGCCUGCCCCUCCGGAAACUGUCCUCCUCCUCGGCCUCCUCCACCGGCUUCUCCUCGUCCUACGAGGACUCGGAGGAGGACAUCUCCAGUGAUCCCGAGCGUACCCUGGACCCCAACUCGGCCUUCCUGCAUACCCUGGACCAGCAGAAGCCCAGAGUGAGCAAAUCAUGGAGGAAAAUAAAAACCAUGGUGCACUGGUCUCCGUUUGUCAUGUCCUUCAAGAGGAAGUACCCCUGGAUCCAGCUGGCGGGACACGCAGGGAGCUUCAAAGCGGCCGCCAACGGCCGGAUCCUGAAGAAGCACUGCGAGUCGGAGCAGCGCUGCCUGGACCGGCUGAUGGUGGACGUGCUGCGGCCCUUCGUGCCCGCCUACCACGGCGACGUGGUGAAGGACGGGGAGCGCUACAACCAGAUGGACGACCUGCUGGCCGACUUCGACUCGCCCUGCGUGAUGGACUGCAAGAUGGGCGUCAGGACCUACCUGGAGGAGGAGCUCACCAAGGCCCGGAAGAAGCCCAGCCUGCGCAAGGACAUGUACCAGAAGAUGAUCGAGGUGGACCCCGACGCCCCGACGGACGAGGAGAAGGCCCAGCGGGCGGUGACCAAGCCGCGGUACAUGCAGUGGCGGGAGACCAUCAGCUCCACAGCCACCCUGGGGUUCAGGAUCGAGGGCAUCAAGAAAGAAGACGGCUCCGUGAACCGGGACUUCAAGAAGACCAAAACGAGGGAGCAGGUCACCGAGGCCUUCCGAGAGUUCACGAAAGGAAACCGUAACAUCCUGAUCGCCUACCGGGACCGGCUGAAGGCCAUUCGGACCACCCUGGAAGUCUCUCCCUUCUUCAAGUGCCACGAGGUCAUCGGCAGCUCCCUCCUCUUCAUCCACGACAAGAAGGAGCAGGCCAAGGUGUGGAUGAUCGACUUCGGGAAGACCACGCCCCUGCCCGAGGGCCAGACCCUGCGGCACGACGUGCCCUGGCAGGAGGGGAACCGGGAGGACGGCUACCUCUCGGGGCUGAACAACCUCAUCGACAUCCUGACCGAGAUGUCCCAGGGCGCCCCGCCCACCUGAGGCCACCCCGCGCCGCCCCCCCGCCGGCCCGUCCCCCGGGCCUCUUGUCCCCCCUCUGCCUCCCUUCCCCUUCUGAACUUUCCCUUCACUCCUGCCUGGGCCCGAGCCCCAGAACUGACCCCCCGGAGCGGCACUACAAGACACUUUGUAGACGAGGAGAUGAGGUUUUCCAGUCGUUUCCCUAACGUCAGGGCUUGGCCGUGGCUUUUCCACCGCUCUUUGUAAAUAGAAUCACCUGCUGGGACAGAAACGCCCAGACCUAGCUCGGCUGUCGCUGAGGUUGGUUGGGGUUAGAGCCGGGGGACCCCACCAGCUCUGGGAGCCCCCCAACCCCGCAGUGCUACCUGUGGGGGCCUGCUGCCCCUGGCGGCCCGGUUUGGGCCGGGGCCUCCGGAGCCGGGUUCCCGGCGCCUGGCCGAGAUGCCUGGCUUUCUGGCAGUUGGGACACAAACCACUGGGGACCCACAUGCUGUCCACGAGCAAAGUACCUUCUCCAGGGGCUUCCAGAGCUGCCGCAGUGGCCCCUCUAGGGCUGCUAGAGCAAGGACCCCCACCCACCCGGCGUGGAACCCCCCAAGGGCUUUGGGCCGGACGGAGCAGGCUGGUGCCAACCUGGCCGAGUUCUCUGAUCCAUGCCUUCCCAGCAGGGGGCAGGCAGGAGCCGGCUGAAUCCUUCCAUCUAGGAUUGGUGCCCCCGGAUUCAGACGGUACCUCUCUCUGCCCAGCUGAGCUCCAGGGAUGCCCCCCCGGGGGAGGAUGGAACCUGCAGCAUCUCUGGGACUCUGGCCCCAGGGGACGAUGCUCUCCUCUUGCCCUCACCUCCCCAGUGCUGGGGGGUCCCCUGCCUGCAUGCAUGGGGCUCUCUCAUGGGGCCCAGAGUCCGUGUCCAGGAAGGAGGGAGGGACUGGGGCCUGCGCCAGGCAGAGAGAAGGCAGGAUUCUGGCGUCCUGGCUUCACGGUUUAAACUUUUCUCGUGAAAUACAUCUUACGACCUGAAGGGCCCAGACCCCUGUUCCUCUAGGGUAGUGUGGGAAGCUUGCGGGGCAGGUGAUGGGACCCGAGGGGCAAUGCCAGGCAGCUCUCACUGGAGUCUUCCGUGCUGCGUGGAGACUCGGGGGGAACCGUUUUUGAGCCUUACUUUAACUGCAAGCCAGUACGUCUGUAUCAUGGAGAGGAAUGUAAAAUUUGCGUGACUUUUUAGGAACAAAACUCCCAGAUCCACGGCCACUGGAGCUGUGUCCCCCAGGCCCCUCGGGGCUCGCCACGCCCUUCCGUGCUGCGGGUUCAGGAGUGCAGAGAGCCGAGGGGCCCUGCCGGGCAGCAGGCCACGGGGGCUGCUGCAGGGUCACAGAGGGAGAUGGUGUGGACCAAAGUGUGCGUCUGGAGGGACUGCCACUUCGGGGCAGUGCUGCCGGGGCCGCCCACCUGGCACCCCCAGGGUCUCUGGGGGAACUGUCACUUCCCCACGGGACACCCAUGUUUCCCUCCUGUGCUGGGAGCCUGAGUGACAGUUGCUGGGGGUGGAGGCUGAGGCGCACGAGGAUGUACAAGUACAGAUUUUUAAAAAAGGAAAUCACUUAAACUUCCUGGCUCUUGUUCAAAACAGUGGUGAGCUCCUGUGUGGGCUGACUUGCUACAGGUCACACCCCCGCCCAAGCUGAGCACGAGAGACCUCGUGACGGCACGUGAUCUGGAAGGCAGGCAGGAUGGGGGCGUCAGGGAGCCGGAGCCGGCUCUGGGUCCCCAGAGCUGCCGUCACUUUGGGGUCUGAAAGGACCCUGGUGGGCUGUGCUUCAGCCGUUUGCAGGGAAGGGACGUCAUUCAUUCAGAUGUGGAAAUUCUACCGCUGUGCACUGGCCAACAGUGACCCUCAUUCCCUCCGCGAAAAACAUUUGCAAAAACAAAUUAAUGACAUGAACAAAAAUUACAGGGGACCAGCUUAGCCUGUUGAAGAGAACAAAACUUUCCCAGCACUUUCAGCAGGCGCCUGUUGUUUGCAAACAAUGUGCUAAUAUGCAAAUGAUUCGUUGAUUAAAGGAGGCCCCAGUGCUUUGCUUUGGGUUAUAUAUGUGAAGGGGUAAAAAAGAAAUGUUAGGGUUUUCUAUGACUUAAGGGUUUUUUAGGUUUGUUUUUUGUAUUUAUCAUGCUAGUUGUCCUCUUCCACACCUACUCUGUCACUCAGAGUACCCACCCCCUUGUCCUGCCAUCUGGCCCUCCCCCCUUAGUCCGAGUGGGAUAGAUGGAUCCUGGAAUGGAAGCUUCCAGAACCCCUGCCCUGGCUGUCCGGCCCAGGUCCUGGCAGGGACUCCUUGGGUCCUGGCUCUGCAGGUGCCAGGAGGUGGGACAAGCUCUGUGCACCUGUGCGCAGGUGAGUGGGUGCUGGGCCCCCCGGGGGCUCUUGGCGUUCGGCACUGCUUAGCAUUCUUGGAGGUUUUCCUCAACUGCUUUUCCCAGACUUGCUUUUAGUGUCAUGUAAGAAGUUUUUAAGUUAUAUUUAUUUUGUCGGAUUUUAAAAUUGCACAGAACACUAAGACUGAAAGGCUAGACUCUGUUUCUCCUUUAAAGCUUUGACUUCGUUUUGAGCUUCCUGUCCCACUUGGUAGAAGGGGCCUGGACGCCGCCCGGGCCCCCAAGGGGGGACGCUGUCCUUCUUGAGUUGUAUUUAGCUUCGAGUUUCUCUGCACCGUCAGCCCCGUGUGUAUAUAACCCGGCCCCUGGCUCUAGGGCGUUCACCCCGUCAGUGCCUUUUUGCUGGAGGAGAGGACCCCCCCCCCCAGAGAGGCCUUCCUUCUCUUCUGCACCCCCUCCUCACGGGACCUUGGAGAAAACUGAACUGUUACAAACGCCCUGCACGUGCCUGUCAGACUGCAGUGUACAAAUAAAGCCCUGGAGACCA